AUUUGUUGUGAUGAUUGGUUGCAGCAAACGUAUUUCAAGUGUGCAUAUGAAUGCUUUGAUAGAACAAGGAAAGAAGAGGAGAUAAGCAAUUGUGUAGAACAUUGUAGUGUUCCCGUUGUUAGUGCUCAACAUCAUUUUGAGGACGAAAUGGCCACGUUUCAAGAAAGGAUGAAUCAAUCCUUGACGGUCUGCCAAGACAAAUUUGAAUCAGCUAAACUUCAACAAAACAAGACCGAUGCAGUCAAUGAGUUGGAGUCGUGCGUUAACCAAUUGAUCGAGGAUAACAUGAAGACAUUGCCGAACCUCAUUGGGAGAAUGAAGUCUUCUUUCAACAUCGGUGUUUGAGCCCGGAUGAGCAUUAGAAUAGUGUUGGUGACCUCAGAUUUUUAGAUCAUAUGGAAGGCAUCUGCCUAGCAAUACCCUUAAUUACUGGCCAUCUGUGACAAGGCUUAACAUACUUUUACUUGAACCG